AUGCUCACCACAGGCUCGCUGCGGGCUCACAGUGGGGCCCCUGGCCGGCAGGCCCAGGGCCACAGUGGGCAGCUGCGGUGUGAGGGCACGGGCGGCCGCAGUCCGUGGCGGAGGCUUGUGGAGUCAGGCGGCACCACAGUGGCCCGGAAGGCUGGCCUCUACCGCCGAGACCCUGCCGGUCUCCUCCUGGGCUUAGUCCUCCGUGCUGGGGAUGCAGGCUCCACAGUCCCAUUGCUUCGGACCCUGGCCCGCCAGAACCCCACCAUGACCCGGGAGGAGGUCCUGCAGCGGGGCGUGCAGGAGUGGCAUUGUCUAAGCAAGUCAGAGCGCAGCAUCUACUAUGUGAUGGCGGGAAGGUUCAUGGAGUUCGAGGCCGAGGAGGCGAGACACUGUCAGAACGCACAGUGGAUGAAGGCGGCGCAGGGCGUACCUCCUCCAGCACCCCUCAGGCCUGUUGCUCGGGUGCCCUCAACCCCAGAGCGGGGCCAGAAGCGAGCACGCAUCCGCGAGAAGGCCGGCGCCAUGGCCCAGCUCGCCACCGCCCAGCCACCGCGAUGCCGGCGGAGCCCGCACACCGAGGCGCCGACGGAGAUCCCCCUCGAGGCCGUGACAGAGUUCCUGGAGAUCAUGGAGGGGCUGCUGGGGCCCGGCGGCCCAGCUCAGGGGCUGCCCGGCGGAGAACGUGGGGAAGAUAGCUCCAAGCCGCCACAGGGAGAGGGGGGCCUCUAUCCAGACCCGGGUCUCCUGACCUACAUCAAUGAGCUUUGUGCCCAGGAAGACUUUCUCAACAAGGUGGACGCAGUGCUGCACCCACGCUUCCUGGCGGAGUUGCCCUGCCCGGAAGCCCAGCUGGAUCUCUUGGCCCUCGCUGAGGAGCUGCAGCAGGAGGAAGGACUGUCCUUGGCACAGCUGGAGCAGAAGCGACUCCUGGAACUGAAGCAGGAGGAGGGUGUGCGGGGCCCCCCGAGUCACGGCACACCCCGAGCGGACUCAAGGCCUUCUGGCCCUGUGGCCAGCCAGGAUCCCCAGAGGCACAGCCACGGCCCCCAGGUAGGGGCCAGCGACCAAGCCUUCCCACCAGAGGCUGGUUGCGGGCAGCGCCAGGCGCACAGCCGAGGAGAUGCUGGUGUGUCCGGGCCCAAAGCCUUCGCUGCCUCUCCAGGACGCCAGGAGCCCCCUCCCAUGAAGCCUGGCUGGCGGCCCCCUGCCCCCCAGGCUUGGUGCCACACUUCCCCCAGCCUGGGGCCCAGACUCGCCACUGCUCCGGGAGAGACCUGUCCUGCUCGGGAGCCCCUGGGGCCCACGGGCAGGCCCAGUGAGAGCGAGGAGGAGCUCCCCAGCCUGGCCUUCCUCCUGGCCUCUCAGCACACGCUGCCAUCCUGGGGACUGCCCCAGAGUCCUACUCCGGGCUCAGACCUCCUCCGCCGUGGAGUACCCCAGGCCCGCUCUCCCCACAAGCCGGGCCUCAGCCCCGCUGGCCCUCCAGCUGGCAAGGCCAGCAGUCGGGCCCCGCGUGCAGGCCCAGCCCCUGCUGGGAAGACACCCCUGCCAGGGGCCAUCCUCAGGGUCGCUGGGGCUCCAGCGUUGGCUCUGGGGCUGGGCCGCCCCUCCCAGCCCCAGAAGAGAAGGGGGGACCCUUUCAUCACAGGGAAGGGUAGGAAGCGGCCCUGCAGCCAGGAGGGAGGAGCCGGCCCUCCAGGGCAGCUUCGGGCUCCUCCACAUCCCAGUCCUGAUCCUGGCUGCUGUGGGACAGGGAGGGAGGGGUGGGAGAGGCGGGAGGGCGGGUCCCCUGGGGGUGGCUGGUUGGGGUUGGGAUAA